GAGAAAGAAAAAGAAACCCCUCAAAACGGCACCGUUUAGAACGAAAAGCUUCUGGAAACGUCUCUUUUGUAAUUUUAAACAACCCUCUACCCACUCCACUCCAAAUCGUCUCUAGGGUUUUGUUAUCCUUUCCAUUUUCAAUCAACAUCGUCUACCUCCUCCAUUCCAUUAAGCUGUAACUAAUGGCUGCUGCUCAAUUAACAUCCACAUGUAUUCUCCCUUCGUUUGAAGGUCUGAGAUCUUCAACAUCCAAAGCUUCAUUUACAUCCGUUGCACUGUCUUCACCGUUUAGAAGCUCCACUCUCCGGUCUAGCCGUGCUCUGGUCGUCAAAUCUGCCACCACUGUUGCUCCAAAGUACACUUCAUUGAAACCGUUGGGUGAUCGAGUGUUGGUCAAAAUCAAGGCGGCGGAGGAGAAGACUGUAGGUGGUAUCCUAUUGCCGUCAACAGCGCAGACAAAACCUCAAGGGGGUGAGAUUGUUGCUGUUGGAGAAGGUAGAACAAUUGGAGAUAAAAAGGUGGAAAUUGGUGUGAAGACUGGCACCCCAGUUGUGUAUUCCAAGUAUGCAGGGACCGAGGUCGAGUUCAAUGGUUCAAGCCACCUCAUACUGAAGGAGGAUGACAUUGUUGGUAUCCUUGAAACGGAUGAUGUUAAGGAUUUGAAGCCUCUUAAUGAUCGUGUUCUUAUUAAGGUUGAGGAAGCUGAGGAAACAACCGCUGGUGGCUUAUUGCUAACACCGGCAAGCAAGGAGAAACCAUCCAUUGGCACGGUGAUUGCAGUGGGGCCGGGCCCUCUGAACGAAGAAGGAAACAGAACAGGAGUGCCAUUGUCUCCAGGUAACACUGUUCUAUACUCGAAAUUUGCAGGGAACGAUUUCAAAGGGGCUGAUGGUUCAGAGUACAUUACUCUUCGUGCGUCCGAUGUCAUGGCUGUUCUUUCCUAGUUCUUAGGCUUACGCGUAGCAUUACAGGCUUGUUAUCGAGUCUUUGAAUCGAUUAAGUGUGAGAUUCGGUUGGGAGAAUUCCAGCAUGUGUUACUCGUGUUCAUGUUUUAGUGGUUACUAGAAAAUAACUAGUUUUGCAUCAAGAUUUCUUGUGUACAAUUUUGAUAAAUUAAGAAUGGUUUUAUUAAA